AUGCUUCCUUCUUUCUAUUUCUUCUUCCUCCUCCUCUUCUCCGUCUCCGUCUCCGUCUCCGCCAACAACCGUCGGGUUCUUCAUCAGCCAUUUUUCCCACAAGAUUCACAUCCACCUUCUUCUUCACCUCCGUCAGUACCCAGUACCUCUACUACUCCCAAAUACCCUUUUGAUUCUUCUUCUUCUACUCCUAAUAACAACACUCCCUUUUUCCCCUCUUUCCCUUCUACUCCUCCACCUCCACCUUCCCCUUCUGCUUUUGCUUCUUUUCCUGCUAAUAUUUCUUCCCUUAUCCUUCCUCAUUCAUCCAAAUCCAAAACCAUUUCAUCUAAACUCAUUGCUACUGCCAUCGCCUCUGUUCUUGCUGCUAUUCUUCUUAUCUCCAUUGCUAUCUUCUGCCAUAGAAGAAGAAAUCAAGAUUCUAAUGAUAACAAAACACACAGAUCUAAUAGCAGCACUAGAUUCAAUAAUCCUAACCCAACUAAUAUUCCUAAAUUACAAAGACCAUCUCAGACCAGUUCUGAAUUUCUAUACUUGGGUACUAUGGUUAGUGCACAUACUUCCAUUGAUACACACAAUCGUCGUGCUACUGCUGCACCUUCAAGAAAAAUGGACUCACCGGAGAUCCACCCAUUGCCGCCAUUACAUGGACACAGUUUGCGUAGGAAUGCAGAUGUUAUCUCCCGUACAACUGAAGAUGAUGAGGAGUUUUACUCUCCAAGAGAAUCUUUAGAUGGCAGAGGAAGUUCGAUCGGAACUGGAUCCGCAUCGCGUAGGGAUUUUGCCGCCGUUGAGGUCAAGAAUUUUGCUGGGUCGACCUCAUCGUCUUCAUACUCCUCUUCCAGUUCCGAUUCGGGCUCACCAGUUAGGUCUGUAUCGUUGAGCAUUUCUCCACCGGUGAGUUUGAGUCCAAAAAAUUCACAGCCCAAGUCACCGGAACUACUUGCUGUUCGUACUGCUCCGCUACCUCAGUAUCAUUCUCAUUCGUCUCCGCCGCUAGCAGAUUUUGUACCUAUAUUGGUCAUUAACGGGGAAUCUGAUUCACCAUCUCCGCCCAGUUCAUCAUCUCCGGAGAGAUAUUCAAGCAGGAGUAUUGACUCAUCACCCAGAAUUUCCGAUGUUUGGGAUCAGAAUGUUGAAUCUCCAAUGAGAAUCAGCAAUCACAUACAUCAGAAUGAAUCAGUUUCAGUUCCUCCACCACCACCGCCGCCUCUUUUGAUUAGUAUUCCGGCUUGUGUACAGCCUCCACCACCACCACCGCCACCACCAGUUAAAAAUUGGGAUAGUCCAAAAACUCCAACACCACCAAUUUCAAAGCCACCAUCCAAGCCUCCAGUUCUUGUAACUCCUUUAAGACCCAUAGAACUUGAGAGUCCAGUGCUGAUUUCCCCAAUGGAGUUGCCUUGUAAUAAGCAACCCAUUGAGAAGAUUGAGCAGAGUAUAGAAGGCUUAUCAAGUGAUACUGGUGGGAACAACGAUGAAACUCCAAAACCAAAGUUGAAGACUUUGCAUUGGGAUAAAGUAAGAGCUAGUUCUGAUCGGGAAAUGGUGUGGGAUCAACUGAAAUCAAGUUCGUUUAAAUUGGAUGAAGAGAUGAUAGAAAGCUUGUUUAUUGUGAAGACUCCAACUCUAAAUCGAAAAGAAAUGACUAGACGCCCUGUUCUUCCCUCGCAGAGCCAAGAGAAUAGGGUACUUGAUCCAAAGAAGUCACAGAAUAUUGCAAUUUUGCUAAGAGCACUAAAUGUAACUGUUGAGGAAGUAUGUGAAGCCCUUUUAGAAGGAAAUGCUGAUGCCCUAGGGACUGAGCUCCUUGAGAGUUUAUUGAAGAUGGCUCCAUCCAAAGAAGAAGAACGCAAACUGAAAGAAUAUAAAGAUGAUACUCCGUUUAAGCUUGGGUCAGCCGAGAAGUUUCUCAAAGCAGUGCUUGAUAUACCUUUUGCAUUCAAAAGGGUAGAUGCUAUGCUGUACAUAUCAAAUUUUGAUUCUGAGGUUGACUACCUCAAAAAGUCAUUUGAAACUCUGGAGGCUGCUUGUGAAGAGUUGAGAAGUAAUAGAAUGUUCUUAAAGCUUCUGGAAGCAGUGCUGAAGACUGGUAACCGCAUGAAUGUUGGGACAAAUCGGGGUGAUGCACAUGCGUUCAAACUAGAUACCCUCCUAAAGCUAGUAGAUGUGAAGGGAGCUGAUGGGAAAACAACCCUCUUGCAUUUUGUGGUACAGGAGAUCAUAAGAAGUGAAGGUGCUCGUCUUUCUGGUGGAGAUCAAGAUCAACAGUCGGCCAUGAAUGAUGACGUCAAGUGCCGGAAGCUUGGCCUCCAAGUUGUUUCAAACCUUAGUUCAGAGGUUGUAAAUGUUAAGAAAGCUGCUGCUAUGGAUUCAGAAGUGCUUCAUAGUGAGGUCUUAAAGCUUUCUAAAGGGAUUGGAAACAUUGCUGAAGUUGUCCGAUCAAUUGAAGCAGUUGGCUUGAAGGAAAGCAGCAUAGAAAGAUUUUCAGAGUCUAUGAGAAGGUUUAUGAAAAUGGCAGAAGAGGAGAUCAUAAGGCUCCAAGCUCUAGAAAGUGUUGCCAUGUCCUUGGUGAAAGAAAUAACUGAAUACUUCCAUGGAAAUUCAGCGAGAGAAGAGGCUCACCCUUUUAGGAUCUUUAUGGUGGUAAGAGACUUCCUAAUGGUUCUUGAUCGCGUUUGCAAAGAAGUUGGAAUGAUAAAUGAACGUACAAUAGUCAGUUCUGCCCACAAGUUUCCAGUUCCAGUAAAUCCAAAUCUACAGCCUGCCAUUAGCGGGUUAGCAGCAAAAUGGCAGCAUAGUUCAUCGGACGAGGAUAGUUCAUCCGCUCAUUAGCAACAUUAGCUUAUAGCAGGCAGAACCCUAGUUUUUGUUUUUGGCCAAAACUAAUGUAAUGUACUAUAAAGGCCAUCUAGGAGUUUGUCUGAGACUUGGCCUGCCUUUUGAGGUACAUGUAAUCUUUUUUUAUAAUCUUGUAUUUAUAUAGUUCUUUGUAUAAGAUGUGGAAAGUUAUCCAUUCCCAUAGAUAGAGAGAUAGAUAGAUAGCUAGGGACAUCCCUUUAGGAAAUAACAAAGGCAAAUAUUUUGCCGGAAACAUUUUGUGUUUUAUAUAUCUCAAAGAUGAGAGGCCUCAAAUCAAGAAAAAAGGGUGCAAUAAUUAA